UUUUUCUCCCUUCUCCUUGCACCUGUUGUCCUUGAUCCUUACACACAUUAUCAGAUCAACAUGUGCAAGAUGAUGGACUAUGCUCUUGCACUAACAGAUGCCAUUGAGAAGAUCGCAGACCCUGAGACCGCUGUUUUGGCUAUUGAUGAAGUCAGCACUUACAGAGAAUGUCGUGGGAGGUUUGGCUCAAGGUUGGCACGUUCCUCUGUAGAGAAAAUGUCACCAACUGAGUGGUGGUUCCAAUUUGGAGGGGAAGUUCCUAAUCUGCAGAAGUGUGCCUUGAGGAUUGUAUCACAAUGCGUUUCGUCAAGUGGCUGUGAGAGGAAUUGGAGCGCUUUUGCUUUGGUCCACACGAAGCAAAGAAACCGUCUUCUAUAUGGCAAGCUGCACAAGCUUGUAUCUGUGCGCUACAACUUGAAGAUACGUGCUGAAGAAGAAGAAGACCCGGUGAGAGAGAAUGAUAAGCAGAAGGAAGUUGAUGCAUGUGCAAUGAUGAUGGAUACAACCAUGUUUGAUGCAACAAAUCCUAUGAUGGAAUGGUUGAAUGAGGAUGAGGAGCAUGCAAUCUUGGAUGGAGUUGAUGCUGCUAGCGCCGUGUUUGAGAAAAUACGUUUGCUUAACUCAAGUAGGAAAGUGUCUCGUCUUGCAAGGAAGGAUAAUGGCAGGAAAAGAAAGAGGGUAGAGGAAGAAGAGGAUGACUACCAUGAUAGUGAGGAUGAUGAUGAAGAGAAUGAGGAGCUGGACCUGGAAAUUAAUGAUGAUGGUAGCCAUGAUGAUGGUGCAAGUCAAUCUGAUGGAGGAGAUUC